CCGAAAAGUAUGUAAAGGUAAUCAAUUUUGCACGACAUCAACAACAAACCAAUAGGAUACGUGCAAGUAGACCAAUAAGUUUAUUAAUAUCUCGUACGUGUCUCUCUUAUAAGUCGUAUUUCGUCAUUGUGAUAGUGUUGUUCGUGAAGAGAAGACAUAGAAAUAAGCAAAUCACGAUUUGAUUUCAAGCAAUUGGUGUAAUAUUGCGAGACUAAUAACGAUUGUUUGGAUAAAGAAAACUGCGAGUUUACCUAGUUAGAUUUUUUCAAGAAAAGAGUUGAACACAUUUUCACGAUGCACUUUAUAAUACGGACAUUCAAAAUUAUUAUUUUUGCAAAUUUAUUCUCAAAUAUUAUAACAAAACAAAAUGAGAAUACUACAACAAAAAAUAAUACACAUACGAUGAAAGAAUCUGAUGACGAUGAAUAUGUUGAUAUUAAGAAUAAUGAAUUGGAUAAUAAUAUUAAGAGAAAUGAAUUUGAUGAAUUUAAGGAUUAUGUUCUUAAGAAUACUGAUGUACUUAUUGCAUUAAUUAUAAGUGUAUUGGCUGUCUGUGUUUGCAUGCUAGUGAUAGUAAUAAUGAACUGUAGCCGUUGGGAGAAUAUCAGUGAAUGCAACAGACAGUGUAUUAAAAGAAAUUAUCUUAUCGUUCGCAAUUGUUGCCGUGGGGAUUCUAAACAACCCAGUUAUCAUCCAGAACAUUCCUGUGAAGAUUUCUGCCGUUGGUGCUGUACUUAUGAUUAUUUUGACUUUCAUAAAUCUAUUCCUAAUCCUCAUCAACCAAAACGUGCAGAACGUUUAGAACGUGCAAAAUGUGCACAAUGUGCAGAACGUGCACAACGUGUAGAACGUGCAGAAGUAGUAGCUGAACCGUCAGUUACAUAUGAUGGGAGUAAUGUUUCAAUUGAAAAGCAUGAUGCAAACUUUCGUAAGUCUAAUCCUAAUCCCGAUCAUCAACCAGAACGUGCAGAACGUGCAGAACGUGCACAAUUUGCAGAACGUGCACAACGUGUAGAACGUGCACAAGUACAUGCAGAAGCUGAACCGUCAAUUAUAUGUGAUUGGAGUAGUGUAAGUAAAACAUAG